AUGCAGAUAUGGGUCACCUUUGUGUCCAGUUUUGUUAUGGACAGCCACUUGAAUAGACACACAUUUGGAUUUAUUCAGAGUCGUCUGGUUCCCUUUUAUCUACACCUGGGGUCUGCAUGUGCCUUCUUCAACCUCACUAUUUAUGCAGUGUACCACCCCAGUGAUUUACUGGACGAAAGGGAAUCUUUCCAGAUCUUCAUCUUCUUUAUCUCUGUGACGGUAGCAGCCAUUAAUGCGCAGUGGUUUGGGCAAAUGACUUCAGAGAUUAUGGCUGACAUGCAUCUCAUCGAGCAGUCCUGUGGGUUGGGUCAGGACAUUGGAUUGUCGUCGAACCGCGAAGCCUACGCCAAACUGUGUGAAACAGAUGUGAAAUACAAGCACCUGAGCAGUCGCUUGUGGCUCUACAGACUUCUGUCCUCACUGUGCAACCUGUGCUGCGUCGGCUGCAACUUCUACUCUCUGUGCUACAUGGCAGAGAACCUGGUUGCACUCUAG